AGGCUGCAGAAAUGGUACUCUUAUCUGAUCUAACUUGAAGCAAGAAAGUCCGUGUAGGCUGCAAGGCACCAUGGUGUGUCGCUAACACCUUUCUUAAUGGUGGUUAUGGGUUCAUGUGGAAUGCAGCAUCCUCGCACACACAUGUCACGUUCCGAUGGAAAGGCCAUGAACAUUGGGUGGGGGAUAAUGGCAACGCUUAUAAAGUACAUGGAACCACAGCCUUCUGAAUCGGUGCAAAUCUUGAGGAAUGCCCAGGCCACAUCUCUUAUUGUGAAUCGCGCUCAACACGUCGUUGGAGUGAAUGUUACGGUGGAGCAGAAAGGGCACUCCGGGGAUAGUAUCCGGGAGGAAAUGAGAAUAUUUGCGGAUGCAGUUGUGCUUGCAACAGGAGGGUACGCGGCAGACAGGGAAGGGCUGCUAAAGGAGUAUGUUCCCCCUGUGAUCAGGAAUCUUGCCACAACAAAUGGACCCUUUGCAACAGGAGAUGGAGUUAAGAUAGCAAAGGAAAUUGGAGCGGGUUUGAUCCACAUGGACCAGGUCCAAGUGCAUCCCACUGGGUGUGUUGAUCCCAAGGAUCCGGCGAAUCUGACCAAGUUCCUCGCUCCAGAGUCAUUGAGAGGUUGUGGAGGCAUUCUUCUGAACCAGAAGGGAGAAAGAUUUGUCAACGAGUUAACGACAUGGGACGCGGCCACCAAAGCUAUCAUGACUGAAUGCGAAAGGCUCCCCCUGGAGAUAGUCAAGUGCGCUGGGGGCAAAAUCAAUGGAGUGGAUGUUGUACAGGGAAAUGUUAAAAACAAUGACCACCUGCCAAUAUCAGCGUACAUGCUCAUCACCGAAGAAAGCCUAGACAAGUUUGACAGAGCCACCGGAAACUUCUACAUCGCAAAGGGAUUCAUUCAACGGUUUGAAAAUGCAACAGAAUUCUGCAAGGCCUUCGCAUUGCCUAAGGAUGCGGUCGUCAAUGUGCUAGAGAACUACGGCAAGCAAAAGGAAGAUCCUUACGGGAAGACAGUUUUCCCCCAAGUCCUGACAAUGGAGGGAGAGCUCCCAGGUGGUGCGAAGGCAUUAACGACAUUGGAGAGAAACACGGUGGUCGCAGCUUUGUCAGUCGUCGCCAUGCUUUAUCGCAUUGAGAGAACGACAACUCGCCUGAGGAUGAGAUCGUCCAUUCACACGCAGAGCCAGCUGAUGCAACAAGUGAUGGAUGCACCCGAUUGUGUGUCGUUAUCAGAAUCCAUUGUGCAAUUCUGCUGCGCCAUGGCUUCGGGUGUGAUCCCGUGGGCGACGCCGAGAUGGUGGAUGAGGAGAAGGACAGGAGGGACAUGGGAGGAUCUCCGGCAGGUUGACGAUGCGGCGGAGGGCUACUACAAGGAGAAGUUGUGGAUGUCCCCUAGAGUGUUCCUGGAGAUCGUUGAGGCGUUGUCCCCUGUCGGAGAUCCUGGCUGUCCAUCGUCGUCUUCCUCACAUGUCCAUCGACGGCUUCUUCACGGUUCGCCGUUUCCGUUUGCUGCCAGAACCCCACACAACGAUGCACACGUGGAACAGCACGACAAGGAGCAGGAGAAGAGUGGCCAGCGGCAGGAGCGGGAACCGCCGGAGGACGUCUGCCAUGAAUCACAGCAUGUGAGGCGUGUACCAGACUUGGUUGGGGAUUCCGAGGAACUCAAGGAAAUUUCUCGGGAGCGUUUUCACAUUCAUUCAAGGAAUUUGUCUGGCUUGAUCCCAACGGAGUACACGGCCUUGGCACUCAUUCAGCGGUAUUCCCAAAGCAAGUCGUGUGCGGUACUUCGCUUUGCCCUGCCCUCGAAGAACCAUGUCUUGGGCCUUCUCUGUGGGCAGUACUUGGCCGUCAGAGCACAGCCGCGUACGCCAAGCGAGCAGCCCAUUGUGAGAUAUUACUCGCCAUUGACGCCUGCCGACGAGUUUGGCUUUUUCGAAUUGGUCAUCAAGCAUCACCAGGCAGCUUCUGGUUCCAUGCCAGACAGAAUGAUGUCCCUGCCGAUUGGCGGAACGCUAGAAUUCGCCGGCCCUCUAGGGCGGUUCACGUAUGAGCCGAACAUGUACGAGAAAGUAGGGAUGAUCGCAGGAGGUACUGGCAUUGCGCCGAUGAUGCAGAUCAUCCGAACGGUAAUCCGGCAUCCAGCAGAUAACACACAUCUGUCGCUAUUGUACGGCAACGCUUUCGAAGAUGAGAUAGCAUGCAAGGAGGAGUUGAUGUACAUUGCUGAGACGAGGGAGAACGUGCGCGUGCGUAUGUUCCUAGAGCAUCCACCUCUGCGGUGGAGGAUGGGAAGGGGGUAUGUCACGGAGGAAGUGAUAAAGGAGUCCAUGCCAGCGCCAGGCACGAACUCUCGCAUCGUGAUGUGUGGGCCGGCAGUGAUGAUGAAAGUUAUGAAGGAGACGUUGCAUCGCUUAAGAUACCCUGAUCACCAGAUCUAUAUUUUCAAUGAAAUGGAUAUCGAAGGUGCGAGCAGGUGAGCGAGCGGCAGUUGUCGGUGUAAAAAGGUUAUCUC